AAACAAGCUCUGCAGAAACACGGAGCAUCUUUGCGAAAAAAAACGAAAACGACCGGAAAAUAUUAUCUAACAAAUGUUAGUCGACUGGCUGGCUGACUGACUGACAUGACAUGUAUGAGCAAGUGCACGAAUUCACUCUGGAUGAUAAAGACGACUUCGUUUCAGAUGCAAUAUUUCUUCUUUCGGCAUGGCUGGAUGACCAUAGGUCGGUGGAUGGAAUUCCAUCAUUUGCCAGAAACAAGUGCACUUUGAACGAGACUGGGGAUAAUUCAGGAGACAACAUCCAGCAAAAUUAGCCGAAAAAAAAGGAUUACACAUUUGCAAUAAUGUUGCUGGACCAUAAAUGGAUGGUGUCUAUGACCCUGCUGCUAUCUGGUGUGGCCUUGCUGCUGCUAUCAUCGGAGAUAGACGCAGGCUGUGUUUGCAAUGAAAAGGGCAAAGAUUAUUGCUCCGGCUGCGACGGACCACGGGCAGUGAGACCCAAAACGAGGCCGUUUCAAGGCACAGAGCUAAAUGUGGCACCGAUUGGUGAUAAAUGUUGGUGUACCAAGAAACUAAUCGAACCAGCUGUAUUGCCCAAGAUUAAAGCGGAAAAGAAGAGGCCUUGCAACUGUAAAGGAUCAAGUUCCAGCUCACAUUCGGUACCAGCAAUAUUUUCCUCCAGCUCUUCCAGUUUAUAUGCUGUGCCACAGACCAGCUACGUUUCCUCCGCCUACAAGGACGACUCACCUGCCGCCGAUCCGAUAAGUGUCAGCCUGGCCAUACAAGCCGGAAAAGCCAUAGAAGUUCCCGAAGCUAAACUUUCCUACGGCUUUGUCCAAAAGCCCAUUGAUGGCCUGCCCAAAAUCUAUAUGUCCUCGGUGAAUGAGGAAAAUCUCUACGCCCUGAAUAGCGAAGUUAUAACGCUAAAGAAAAAAGUACCCCACUCUAAUGCCAAACACAUCGAAGAUGAAUAUCCCGAGGUGGAAGAUGAGGAGCCGGCCAAUGCUGAUGGCGAGGAGGAAGAGGACGAUCAGCCGCGUUUGACCUACAAACAGUUGGGCUAUGUUCCAGAGGAAUAUAAAAAUCCAACAUUUGAGGAAAUUCGUUCGUAUGUCUCAUCAUCGUCGUCGUCGAAUAGUGAAAGUGAACGUCAUGUAGUUCGUGGCAAGGUUUCGGUGGAUUGUGGGUAUAAACCCGGCCGUAUUGCUCCCUAUCGAAAACCGAAACAUAAUUAUGGGGACAAUUGUGAUGAUGGGUAUUAAAAGAGGAUGAUAGUUUAUUUAGUUUUUAAGUAACGAAAAUGUGUGUGUAUGUGAUUUAAUUUUUCUAUAUUUUUUGUUAAUAAAAAAACUGACUUUAUGCCUUG